AUGUUUACCACCGGAAAUGUUCUACCCGUGAAAAUCCAGCCUCCCCUGCUCAGGCCACUGGCAUACAGGGUUUUGUCAAGGAAAUAUGGUUUAUCGAUAAAAUCUGAUGGACUGUCUGCUCUGGCAGAAUUUGUCGGUACUAACAUAGGUAAUAAUUGGAGGCAAGGAUCUGUUACAAUAAGAUUUCUCGAGCAAUUUGCUACAGUAUGGAAACAGCAGGAGAGAGGCCUUUUCAUCGACAAGGACGGCGUAAAGGAAGUGAUCCAGGAGAUGAAAGAGCGUGAAAAGGUUGAAUGGAGCCACGAAGACUAUACUCAGCAUGGAGAUGACGUGCUGAGGCAGAAAAACGAUGGGAGCAGCGAUGAUGACGACAAUGAAAUGCCCAUGGCGGCUGAUUCAUCCUUACAAAAUGUUUUAUUAUCUUCACCUAUCCGAGCCCCCAUGGAUAGGAGCGAGCAUGACCAGUCUUCCAGGCUGGAAAGCUCGAAAAACCUGAAUUGGAGGGACUAUUUUAAGGUUAUCAAUUGUUCUCAGCAACAAAAGUUCUUGUAUAAUCCCGAUAAAAUGCAGUUUAUUUUCGUUCCAAAUAAAAAGGAGAACGCAUUGGGAAGUUUUACGGGAUUUCUACCUGAUAUCAAGGACAAAGUGCAAAUGUUCUUGACAAGAUAUUAUCUUACGAAGGAUAGAGUGAUGAGAAAUGAAAACUUCCAAAGCAAUGAUAUGUUCAAUCCAUUGUCCUCCAUGGUGUCUUUACAAAACGAGCUAUCCAAUGCUGGUCAACAGUUGCAAUCCAACAGCAUGAGCAUCACUCCAAUCAAAAAUUUAUUGGGUAGGGAUGCCCAGAACUUUCUACUACUUGGCCUCUUGAAUAAAAAUUUUAAGGGCAAUUGGUCACUAGAGGAUCCAUCUGGAUCUGUAGAAAUCAAUAUAUCACAAACUAUUCCCACACAGGGUCAUUAUUACGCACCAGGGUGUAUGGUUCUUGUUGAAGGAAUAUAUUAUUCUGUUGGGAACAAAUUUCACGUCACUUCCAUGACUUUACCUCCUGGUGAGAGAAGAGAAAUCACGUUGGAGACAAUAGGCAAUCUAGAUCUCCUAGGUAUACAUGGUCUUUCUAAUAACAACUUCAUUGCACGUCUGGACAAGGAUUUGAAGAUCAGAUUACAUCUUUUGGAGAAAGAAUUAACCGACCACAGAUUCGUUAUUCUUGGUGCUGAUUUAUUCUUGGAUGAUCUGAGGAUAAUGACUGCACUCAGUAAAAUUUUGCAAAAAUUAAACGAUGAUCCACCAAACUUGUUGAUUUGGCAAGGUUCUUUCACUUCAAUUCCUGUUUUUGCAUCAAUGAGUAGUCGAAACAUCAGUAGCUCAACCCAAUACAAGAAUAAUUUCGAUGCUUUGGCCACGCUACUAUUACGAUUUGAUGAUUUGACUGAAAAUACCACAAUGAUAUUCGUCCCUGGCCCUAACGAUUUAUGGGGGUCGAUGCUAUCAUUGGGAGCAAGUGGAACUUUACCACAGGAUCCAAUUCCUGGUGCGUUCACCAAAAAAAUCAACAAAGUUUGUAAGAAUGUCAUCUGGAGCUCAAACCCAACCAGGAUAGCGUACUUGUCUCAAGAAAUAGUCAUUUUCAGAGAUGAUCUGACCGGAAGAUUCAAAAGGAAUUAUCUGCAAUUCCCAUGUGGCGAGAAUGAAGAUUCUUAUGUUGAUAACGAUAAUAUAAUAACGAAAGAUACUGAUAUCGUGCCAAUUGAUGAAUUAGUCAAAGAGCCAGAUCAGCUACAACGAAAAAUUCAAGAAUCAAGAAAACUCGUAAAAACGAUACUAGAUCAGGGCCACUUAUCGCCAUUUGUAGAUUCUUUACGCCCAGUUUCAUGGGGUUUAGACCAUACUUUGACACUCUGCCCCAUACCAUCGACAAUGAUUCUUUGCGACACUACUUCAACACAAUUUGAUUUGACAUACAACGGCUGUAAAGUCGUCAAUCCUGGAAGUUUUAUUCAUAAUAGACGUGCCAGGUACAUGGAGUACAUUCCGUCCUCGAAGAAAACUAUACAGGAGGAAAUAUAUUUCUAA